GCUAAAUUCAUUGUGAAAUCUUCCUUGGUUCAACAAUUUUAAGACCGUUCAAGUGGAGUUUCGAAUUGGAAUUGAGUUCGAGUACCGAUUCAAUUUUACUACAUUCCGUGCAGGUCCAGAUUCGAUCGGUGGAUGUUGGGUCCGCGUGUCCCCGGGGCGGGUAGUUGGCACUCGGAUCGGACCAAUGGGUUCCACACACCUACGCGUUAUCUCAAAAACUUCUAUCACCGGGCUCGAUAACGGGCUCCCAACUCCCACUGUCUCUUUGUAUUGAUGGUUGGUCUUCAAAGUACCUGAUCAUGGCUGCUCCUUUGAAUCCAGUCACCAGCUUUAGCUCUGCGAAUGUGUCAAGAUCUUGCUUUCGAACUUCAGUGCUGAAGGCUACACAUUUUGGAUCCCCCUUAGGGAUAUGUGGAUCAAGGAGACUUAUAAAGGAGAAAAAAUGGGGUUUGUGUCUUUCAGUGGCUGAUAGCGAUCAGGUUGCAACAAACACCAAUAAAAGCUCUGGAAAGGCUGAAAAUUCACUUUCAGAUGACGAGUUCUCAGUUGCAAGUUCUCCAUCCUUGAAGAUUGUGGAUGAGUCACAGCCCCGAACUCCUGGAGUGUCAACUGGAUCAAGAGUUUCUUCCCAGCAGGACCCCUUAUCAUCUCCUGAUUCUAAACCUAAAAUGACAAGAUCAAUUUUGACGGCGAGAGAGAAACUAAGGGCAGCCCGAGUUCUCAGUCGUUACACAGAAACAAAGCCAUCAAAAUCAGAACUUGGCAACAAAUCCUUGGAGGCUCUGAUAAAGAGUGAUGGAGGGAAAGAUCAAUCUGGCCUUCCUGAAGCACCUACAAAUUUGUUUGAUGACAGCAAGCGGGGGUUGCCAAAGCAGGGUUUGACUUUUGAGUUUCCCGGGGGUGCUGACUUGUUUGGUAUCAUCUUUUCAGUUGUUUUUAUCAGCACAGUGAUGUUUGCAACAACUUAUAUAGUGUGGAAAGCUGGUGCCAUCCAUUUUAAUGAGUGAUGAGGUUCUCUAAUUUUUUAUUGCUACCUUCUUGAUAUAUAAAUGGAAAUCCUCUAGCCAUAUUGAUUUCAUGUAUUUAGGUGCUCAUCUUUAUCAUGGCUUGUAAUUUAACUCUUUUCAGGUCAGAUGUAUACUUGUAUGUACAAAGAUUUCCUUGGAUAACAAUUGCAUCUUAGUUUUGUUCA